AUGUGGCUAGGUGUUGCCUGGCAUCUUCACCUCAAGACCUCGCGCCGGCCACAUGGCAAGCCUCAAGGAGCAACCAGAGCAUUGCCUUUGCCUUGCAUGGCUAUUGGAUAUGGGGACUACGGUUGCACGAUGCCGGGCCAUGGAACUGGCCAGCGUAUCAUAUUCCGAGCUACCACGAAGGACCCUGUAGCAAUAAUUGACUCGUAUCAGUGUGGUCAAGACGUACCCAACCUUGAUUCAAAAAGAAGAUCGAGUGGAACUCACCUUGAGACGGUCCUAGACAACCUUGGGCAACGGCGACUCCGUGAGCUACCAAACUGGACCAUUUCUUCCUAUAACGCUAAGGCUAGAAUGACUUUUUUCUGGAUCACGGAUGCGUUCGUCUCCCCCCACUGGUCGUCUCAUCCAGUGAAAGGACGAAGCAUGGUAUCCUUGAACGAGAUCGGGGGGCUCGGCACACUUGCCACUGCAACCCGCAUCCACCAAUUCAUGGAUUGCACGCCAGUCACCGCUCCAAGCGUACGUUUUAUGUCGUCGACAGGUCGCUUCGCCAGCAGACGUCCCAUCAAGUCGGUGUUAACGGAUGAGAAGAAAUGCAAAGCCUUCCAUUGUCUUCUGAUUCGCCUGUUGGUCGCCCUCGUCGUCGCAGUUAUCCUGAAUGGGGCCCGUUACGCUGGUCCAACCAUUGUCCUGAGACACGGCGAAAGCCUAGGGCCAGCCGCCAGAGGGAGAUGUAAAUCCGCAUUAUCCUCCCUCGGCAGAACUCGCGGCUGUUAUAUCGACAUGCUAGCGGUGGUUUUCUCGGCCGGCUCUUAUCGAAACUCGUUCGGAGCUAUUGUGGCUUUGAUACUCGCGCUAUUGAUUUACGGAUUUGCAUGGAUGCUGAGGCUCCAGGACGCAGAGCGUGGUGCAAGGUGGGAGAUGCAUUACGUGCUGGCUGAUUUGGUGGAUAGUGGGAGGGCUGUUUCCUUUAUGACUAUCGAUAAGUGGCGCUGGCCAACCGAGCUUCUCGCAAUCGACAACUUCGCCCGAGUCAAGCUCUUGUCGAUUGGAAACAGCAGCCUCACCCAUAAACGUUAUACCGUUCUCCCUUAUAGGAGGGGUCAACGGCUGCCGAGGGCGCGCUAUCCGUCUACGCUUCAACCUUCCACAUGUCUUGAACACUACAACCUCGAGGCCCAAGCACAGGGGAUCAUCCUAGAAAAAGAAUUCAACUGCACUCCACACGCAUCCCCGACCGACAGCGAACGACCCAAGGUAUGCACUCGUACGGUCUUCAUGCAAGUGCAAAUCGGGCGCAAUCGCAAGGCAAUCACGAUCUUGCUCCACGCAACGUCAUCGAAGAAGGAGCUUAGAGUUGCCAUGACACAGCGGGCUGCCCGCUGGACUCGGAGAAAAUACAUCUCUGACCUGGCGCAAGCUCCCUUUAUAUCUUAA